AUGUCUGUGAAACUUUCAAAUUCAAAUUUGUUUAUGAAGAAACAACCGAAUUUCCCAAUGAAGAGAGAAUUUGAAGAUUUUAAUGAUGACAACGAUAACAAAGAUCAGAUUGACAGUAACGCUUCAAGUGACGUUAAUUCAGAAAGUAGUGAUCUAGAGAAUAGCGGUCCCAAUGACGAAGUUAAUAACACUGCCCUUGAUUACACAGAAAACACUUUAGCGUUGCAUCCGGUAGCAGAUUUUAUAAAGAGAGAGUUUCUACCUGAUUUCGAUUUUAGCAAUCCGUUCCGUAAUCAAAACCUGGCAUUUAAAGAUGGCUUCCAAAACACCCGCUCUCCAUUCCUUCUACCGACACAGCUAUAUAAGAGUUUCUUAGCAAGUCUGGGUAAAAGAAGAAGAAAUGUUGCUGAUUGCUAUUCCUUUUAUCCACGAAAUAUGUUAUUUUCGAAUGGAUUUCCUACAGAGACAUCAGAUGACGAAAACAAUGGAGACGGAACUUCUGACUCUCCAGAUGAGAAGGCGGGUGCAUCAUCAGCGUUCGUGUGGAGCGGGGGAGGGGUCACCGGCAGUGGAGGGCAGGAACAGGCAGCCGCGCAGCCAGCCGCCGUGCCUACUGGCACAUCAGGCGGUGGCGGCGCGCAAGGCCUCGUGCACUGGAUGUCAGUGAUGGCGGAACACAUGGGAGGGGGGCACCACGACCCCUCCCACUACGCGCUGCCCCCAUGGAACAAUGGUGGUAUGGACCACUGCCAACAGAAAGAUGGCCUGGAAUACGCCGCGUGGUCUCGACCACGGGGUGCCAUGGCCAUCAAGCAAGGCUACGAGGCCAAAAUGAGUACGGGGGACGGUACAGUAGGUGGCCAUCAGAAGGCAGACGACCGUCUCGGGCACCAUCAGUCCAUGAGUCAGAUGCUAUACGGCGCCGGAUUGGGGCCAGGACGGUCAGGGUCAUCGUCGUCGUCUCCAGUCGGAGGCACGAACGCAGGCAGUGGGCUGUUGGUUGUUCCACAGCCCCUUGGAAAAGGACCGACUAAGUUGCAGCCUUUGCACGCCCACGCGAGAAAAUACCACUGCAAGAUGUGUCCUCAGGUAAGCCUAAACAACUUUUUUUAA